AUGGUCAAAAAUAAAACUAUUAUUCACUCUCUAAAUGAUUAUAAUGAAUUCAGUAAUUAUUUGUCAAAUGUAAAGGAAAAUCAACCAAAACUGUAUUUCUUUUUUACUGGGAAAAAGAAAGACAAUGGCAGAAGUUGGUGUAUAUACUGCCAAUUAGCUGAACCUGUUGUUAAAGCAUUUCUAAGUGAAUUGAAGAAGGACAUAACCUUUGUCUAUGUUGAUGUCGGUGACAGAGAUUAUUGGAAAGACCGAGCCUGCCCGUUCCGUACAGACAGUCGCACUAAGCUGAUGGUUAUACCGACGAUAAUAAAAUGGAAAGGUGUUCAAAGAUUAGAGGGCAGUCAGUGCAACAACAGGGAGUUGCUGCAAAUGUUGAUGGAAGACGAGGAUUGA